UAAAUUUACCUAAAAUAAAACCCUUAAACUGAUCCUUUUAUUUUUUUUUCCCUUUGGUUUCUAUUACUUUUUUUCUGAGCCCUAAAUCAUUUGUAUUUCCUAUUGAAGUUUAUCCUCUUAGGAAAAUUAUAGAAUUUCUUCUUUUAUUCAAAUUCGAAUUCAUUGGAUUUUUCAAUCUCUUACCUCACAAUAUUGAUUGAGGGGUAAGUAGCUGUAUCUUUUUUAUCUUUGGAUUAUCAUUAGCAAAAAGGAUACAGCUAGUAAUCAAGAUUUGAUUUUGAGGAUUGGUGGGAUUAUAGGUGAAAUUAAAUUUGAAUCAGACAUAUGAUUGAGCGUUGGAAUAAAACAAGUCCAAAUAGAUGAAAUUGAAUUGAAUGAUAUUUCCUGAAGUGGUGCUGUUGAUUAAAAAGAAUUAGUCAGGAUAUUGUUUAAAUUUCUCAUUUAUGUUUCUUAAAAUUCAGUCUAAAGGAUUUAUGAUGUUCAUUCUGUUUAGCAGACUCCGGGUCAGGAAAUUAAUUGUGUUGCUAUCUCCUCCAAGAAUUUUAGAGAUAAAAAUGUGAGAAAUAUUACUCGAACUACAUUAAGCGCUGAAAAUACUAUUGAUUGGACAAGAAAAAAAAGGAAAUGGAGAAUUGGAGUAGUGGUAAUAUGCCUAUAAUGCAACAUCCUGAGACUAAGCAUGAGGAUAGAAAACCACUUAUGGAAGUGAAAACAACUGGUUUAUAUCCUUCCUCAUCUUCUCCGUCAUCGCCUUCUUCAUCUGAGGAUUCAAUAUUGGAACUAAGUACUAGUCGAAAGGACCCUCUCGGAGAUUUAUAUACAAAGUCUGAAAAAGAUUCUUCUUUAUCACCUAGUCCAGCAUCUUCAUCUUCUCCUGAUGUUCCUAGUCAGACACCACAGUGGAGCAUGAUAAGUGCAUCUCCGCGUGGUGAAAUGGAGGCUCCGCCAUUUCCUGAUGAAUGGAAUGGAGCUAACCCUUCGCCGAUGAAGUCUCCUCCAAUACAUACUAUGGGUCAUCCUCCAGGUUAUGACCCCAAUCGUAUUCCAUCGUCUGUCUUCUCAAGCAAGCCUACUAAUCCUAUGGAAUGGAGUACUGCUUCAAAUGAGUCAUUGUUUAGUAUUCAUAUGGGAAAUAACAGCUUCUCUAGAGAUCAGUUCAACAUGAUGUAUAGAUCUGGAGAACUAACUAAGCCAGAAGAAUGGAGUAAUUCUCCGGCCAAUCCAUAUAAUGCACAACCUGAAGUUAAAUCCAAUGAAAAGAAGAGCCUACCUCCAAAUCUUCCCCUGCCUCUUGUAGAAAUGGCGACAGAUAGAGAGGUAAAGAGUGCAAGUGUGGUGGAGGGUCCCGCUAUGCAAGAAAAGAUUGUCGAAUCCCCCAAAAUAGUCCCUGUGGAAAAUCAUGAAAAUAACAUCAAAGACAAGACAUCUAAUGUCGACGAUGUUCAGCAUUCUGCCUCAGCGCCCAACAAGUCAGAUGAUAAAGCUGUUCCCCCGACUGAGGCAAGUCAUGCUUCCUCACCCCGCCUCUCCAAUGAGAGUGGAAACAGCAGCAGUUCCUUUGCUUUUCCAGUACUACUUAAUGACGCCGGGAAAACUGGCUCACUCAAAGCAGCUUCUGCUAAAAUGGAGAGGCAUCAACCUCAACCUCAACCAGAUUCACAACCAGCAGUGCAGCCACAAUCACCACCACGAUCACGGCCACAACCACAACAACAGUCAAAACAACCAGAGUCACAGCCUAAAUUGGCAGCGACCACUUGGUUUUCUUGUUUCUCUUGCUGGCCGCGAUGUUGUUGAUAUAGGCUUUAUCCUUGUUCUUUGUACACACGAAAGACUAAUUCAUUUGUACUUAAUCAAGGAGGACUCCUGGUUGGGUUAAGGGAAAUUAGAAGUAGAAGUGUUUUCAUGGUAAAUUGUAAAUUUUCUUUUGGCAUGUGAGAUAAAUGUGAAGGCAUUUGGUGUUACAUUUAA